AUGAUUUCAAUAUUUAAAUUUUAUAAUCCAGAUAAACCAAUAUGCCGUUCAGAGCAAAAACGUAUUUAUGGCGUGGCUAAAACAGAAAAAGUUAAAGUUCUCUGCGAAGUUGAGUCCUAUCCCCCUCCAGAUAACUUCAAAUGGCUCUUUAACAACUCAGCAGAAUCCUCAGAUGUUCCCGCCACUCGAUACAAGACAGGCCUGCAUAGAUUCAUCUCGACGUUGACGUAUACUCCCAUGAACGAAAUGGACUACGGCACUGUAAUGUGUUGGGCGAACAAUUUGGCAGGAAAACAGCAGGAGCCAUGUAUAUUUCAUAUUAUUCCUGCUGGGAAACCUGAUCCGCCCUAUAAUUGCACUAUAGUUAAUAUGACAAAUGAGUCGCUAGAGGUGGAGUGCACUGAUGGGUUUGACGGUGGCCUUCCACAACAUUUUAUAUUAGAAGUAUAUGAUUCGGGGAACGGGCUCUCAUUAGCGAAUGUCUCAUCCAAAUUUCCCGUCUUCAUCGUGAGCGGUCUUGAUCCAGGAAAGUCUUUAAAAAUGAUUGUUUAUGCUGCAAAUAGUAAAGGAAAAAGUGAACAAAUCCCAUUGGAAGGGUUUACGUUAAACAUAGCUGAAAAACAAACUGUUCUGUCAUUGGGUACAAAAGACAAUAUAGAGAUCGCACCCAUUCUAGGCAUCCUUGUCGGGAUCGUAACUGCCCUUCUUCUAGUAACAGUUGUUGUGUUGGGGGCUAUUAGGAUAAGAACAGCGCGAAGGGAAGGCUCCCGAGCUCUUCGUCCGUCCUUUUUUAAUGCAAAGGAGAAAGUCACUUUGCCUUUACGAUCUGAAUCAGAGGAUCUUUUUGAUAAAGAUGAUAAGAAUCCUGAUGUGAUACCUAGUAAUAAGGAAGAAUCAGAUAUAAUACAUAUACUGGAUAAAGAAAGAAAUCUAGAAAAUAUGUAA